AAACGUCAUUUUGACAUUUCGAGGUUGUGUUUUAAAAACAAAGGUGCUUAUUCUUACAAAUUUAGUAAGUAAAUCGGAACAAGUUUUUAAAAUGCUAACAGACAUUAGAAACGAAAGAGAUUUAUCAUUGGAACCGGAAGAUAUAAGUGAAGGACAAUACGAAACCGCUAUAUGUCGGAUAUGUUUAAAGCCAGGCGAAAUACCAAUCUUCGAUGACGAAGACGUUGUAUCCAACGUCGUCGAGUUUGGAGCUAUCCAGCUCAAUGAAAAUGAUAAUCUUCCAAAGCAUCUUUGUGAGGCUUGCCAUUUACUACUUGAAGCCGCUGUCGUCUUCAGACAGACUGCAAAAAAAACUGAACAAAUACUGCAAGGUUUUAAAGGAUUCGGCUUUGUAAAUGUUUCUUACGAGGGUUUAGAAUAUCUGCGGGUCGUUGGGGGUGUACUAGCUUAUAAAACACGUGAUACAAAUUCAUAUUCAGAAUUCAGUGAGCACAGUGUUUCUAAUGAUUUGUGGUCUGAUCUUGAAUCUAAAAACGAGGACUCCGAUGAUACCGACAACCUAUCCAGCGACAGUGCGAGCAGCGCUGAUAUUAAAAAAGAAAAAGAAUACUUAUUUGUCAAAAAUUAUUCUGAUGAGGAAGGUGACAGUGAUGGUAAUAGCAUAGUUACAGAAGGAGUAAAAAAUGAUACAUUUAUGAUUGUAGUGCAUGAUGAUGAAAAUAAGGUAAAUAAGAAAACAGAUCCUUUCACAUGCAGUCAUUGUGAAGCAAGUUUCAAAUCCAUGGGCGAACUAGAAAACCAUAAUGAAUUAGAACACAAUAUAAAAUUAACUGACAAAGUCAAUUGUGCAGUGUGUAAGGAGGUAGUAAGUAAAUCAUUUUAUAAAGUGCACAUGAAACUGCAUAGAGAGAAGUAUUUAGAGAAGAAAAAGACUUAUAAGAAAGUGGAAUGUAAAAUAUGUAACAAAUAUGUCACCAAAGCAUAUUACAAGCAACACAUGAAGAUGCAUGGCUCAGAGGAUGGAAGAGCUGAGAGGAUGCGUGACUGCACAUUGUGUAAAAAAUCAAUUUCAAUAAAUUACUACAAUGAUCACAUGAGACGAAUUCAUAAAUUAGGGCCCAAUGGGGAAAAGUUACAUGAUGCAUUCAAAAAACGAAAACAAAAAGAUAUACAGUGCCCUGUUUGUGACAAAAAAAUUAAAGAGGAUAAAUAUAAAAAUCAUUUAGCACAGCAUGGAAAGCCUCCAAAAAAGUAUAUCUGUGAGCAUUGUGCCAAGGAAUUUAUUCAUCCCUCAGCAUUUAAAACCCAUUGUUUAUUACAUAAAGGAGAGUUUAAAUACAAAUGUUUCUUCUGUCCCUACCGGGCUCAACAUGUAGGAUUAUUAAAAGUGCAUGUCCGUACUCACACAGGGGACUAUAAUUACAAAUGUACAAUAUGUACUGCCCGAUUUAUUACUAAAAGUAAUCUAAACCAGCAUAUGCAACGUCAUAAAGGUCCAGGAAAUAUAAAAUGUUAUGAAUGUGACAGAAUGUUUUAUCGUAAACGUAACAUGGAGGAGCACUACAAAACUAUUCAUUUAGCAGUCAAAGAUGUAAUUUGCAAUCUGUGUGGUAAGGGUUUUAGUAACAGAGACGGAAUGUUAAGCCACCAGAUUAAAAUACAUAAAAGGAGUAGACUGUUGCCUCGUAUGGCCUCAUAUUUAAAAUUUGAUAAGGAGGAUCCUCAAAAGAUCGAAAAUGAAAAUUUAAAUAAAGAAAAGGAAAAUUAAUAAUAAAUUUAAUUGUGUAGAUAAAU